GUUCCAUAGCUGCCACCCUGACAUCAAAGCCAUGGCGUUGGCGUCAGAUCUGGAGCGCGUACUAUCGCAUAUACUGCCGAUGCCUGCGAUGAUGGCGCAGGGGCGACUACUAGGCAUGCCAAACCACAUGGAGAUGAUUCGAGACCGCCUGUGGGCUAUCAAUGGCACGAUCAAGGACGCCGAGCAUCGAGCGUUGAAGGAGCCGGAGUCGGAGGAGUGGGUGACCGACGUCGGUGCAGCCAUUGUGGACAUCGACGAUCUGCUCGGUAGGAUCCUCGACUGGCACCCAAGAGGAGGAGCGGCUGCAGCAUCGAAUCGCUCGUCACACUCCAUCUGCAGCAUCCGAGAGGCCUCUCGCCAAGCCAUUCUAUUGGAGCUCAAGGAGAUGGUAGGCAGGCUGAACUAUCUGGUGAGGAGGGGGUCUGUGUUGGGCCUCUCGAAGGAGAUAAUGGAGUCUGUGGAUCCACGACAAGAAGAAGAGUACUCCACCGUCCUAAAAGAAGAGGUGGUGGGACGCAACGAGCAUGUAGAAGAAAUCAUCGACAGUUUGAAGCAACCACAGUCUGGCGAUUGUGAUGAAUUGCAGAUCAUAAAUGACCUUGGUGGGAAGACGACCCUUGCACGGCUGAUUUACCACCACCCUUGGGUGCAGGAGCAAUUCCAGCAUCGAAUCUGGGUGGAUGUCCCAAACAUUGCUUCUCUGGAUCCCAUGUGGAUCAUGAGAGAAUUCACGAGUUCAAUAACCGGGGAGCCAUGCGAGGACAUCUGGCUAUUCUUCGACGGAAUCCAUGGAAGCAAAUACUUGCUCGUUCUGGAUGAUCUCAACAUCGGGGAGGAGGACAGGGAUAAGUGGCUCCAAUUGGAGAACUUUCUAUUGCUCGUCGGCGCACCGGGGAGUACCGUGGUGGUCAUUCCUGACUUGUUUUUUAUUCAGGAUGUAUUGGGGUCCGCUGUCCGAACGUGGCAUUUCAGCGGCCUACCGGAGGAUGAUUGGGUACAAUUGUGCUUGAGACAAGCACUCAUCCGGCCCGAUCAACGGGAGGAAGCAAAAGCGAUAAUUCACUCCUGUAAGAGAAACACACAAGAUUGGUCUCCCACGGACGCCAAGAUUUUUGGCUCCGUACUCAGAUACACUGAAAUGAGUCGAUGGCAACAACAACUUGAUGCUGUAAAUAUGCGUCAGUGGGAGAAAGUGAGACACGACAAGGAUAUGGCUUUAAUUUUUCUUCAUUACAUGACACCUACGAUGACACGAUUGGUAUUGUACCGCUGGUUGAUCGUACAAGAUGGCAAGACCAAUUAUGAGGUCUUAGCUGCUGAAGGCUUUCUGUCGUAUUCAGACGUCGAAGGCACCAUAACGGAAAAGCUGGAGUUCCACGUCUACGAUUAUAUGCAUUUUUUAUUUACUACCACAAAACAUUGCUACGACAUGAGGGGGGUUUUAUCAAAUUCAACAAUACCACGACAGUGUCUUUAUUUACGUAUGUUCGUCGAUUCCAAUUCGAUCACAUUUCCGAUGACCUUAUUCGAUGGGAUAAAUCAGUUGAGAGGUUUGCUAUUACAACAAGAGAUGGAUCUCCAACAUAAAUAUCAUAUCCUACAUAUUCCGGAAGGUAUGUUUACCAAUCUUAUUCAUCUACGUAUAUUAUAUUUACGAGCUAUCAAAGUCCAACAGUUACCUACUUCAGUGGGCAAGUUGCUUAUCUUGAGAUACCUCAACCUUUCCCAGUCCGAGAUCCAAGCACUUCCUAAAUCCUUAUGCAAGCUCAGAAAUUUACGAGUACUAAAUCUAGCUCAUUGUGAAAAGCUUCAGAAACUACCAAAGCGAAUACAUAAUCUUGUGAACUUACAUGUUUUAAAACUUGCUUAUUGUACAAAACUUCAGAUGCUACCUAUUUCGGUCACCGGCCUUAUAAAUCUGCAAGAGUUAGACUUGGAAGGUUGUCAAUGGCUUCUCGAAUUGCCUGAAGGUUUGAAUAACAUGAAAAAACUGGCAAAUCUUAAUGUAUAUAGAUGUCCAUUGAAUCAAAUGCCACAUGGAAUAAGUCAGAUGAGUAACCUCCUAAAGUUGUCUGGACAUAUCGUAGUUGGUGAUCUUGGAAAUGCCUUUUCAAAGUUGGAAUCGUUGAGGAAUCUAAAAGAAUUAUGGCUACAAAAUCUCGAACAAGUGUUAAAUUCAGAAGAUGCUUUGACUCCUUUAAAGUUGAAUGAUAUACUUCCGCAGCUCAUUUAUUUGAAGCUAUGUUGGAAAUGGAUAAACAUGGAAGAUAUGAGAACCUCAGAGGUGGUUUCACUGCAUGUACUUGAAGGCCUCCAACCCAAUUCAAACUUGAAAAGAUUAGAGAUUAUUUUAUAUGUCGGUGAAGAAUUUCCUGUAUGGAUAAAAGAGGGGUUUAACUAUCUCCACAAGUUGAAAGAGAUCAAACUAAUCAAUCUCAAGAGAUGCAAAAAGUUACCAUCACUUGGAGGGCUACUCGAUCUCGAGAUUGUUGAGCUAAGUGGUAUGGAUUUAAUCAAUGUUGUGGAUGAAGCCUUUUAUGGUGACGAUGGGACAUUUCCUGAGUUGAAAAGACUCACGUUGUCUCAUAUGCUUGCACUAGAAAAAUGGCUAAAGGUGGACAGAAAAAAAGAAUUUUUGUUCCCGAAACUUCGUCGAUUGACACUGAUCCAAUGUCCAAAAUUCAAAGCUUUAGAGGUGGAUCUUGAGGUCUCAACGUUGAGUAUUUGGUUGAACAAUAAAAUGCUGCGGACAUCUGAAUUCGAGGGUUGGCAGAACCUCCCAAUAAAGAACUUGGAGAUAGUUGGAUGCCAGGAGAUGAGGUGUUUGCCACAGGACAUGGAACGAUGUGUUAAACUCAGAAGCUUGACGAUCAACGGAUGCGACAAUUUGGACUGUUUGCCGGAGUGGCUACAAGGAUUCAAGCAUCUGAAAUCUGUAUGUUUAUAUGACUGCGGUGCUCUGUCAUCCAUACCUGAGAAGCUUAAACGACUAAGAAAAGUUGUUAUUAAAGGUUGUCCAAAGCUGCGACUUUAACCAGUGGAACAGAGUAUGUUCUUCUACCUUCGAAUAUUUUAUACUGUGAUUAGAGUAGAUUGAGAUAGAAUUAAUUGUAUUUCAUUUAACUGUUCAGAACAUGCUUAGACACCAUCUGAUUCCGGCAGCAAUUGACGCAUCAAAUUGUAUUUGAUGUGUCGAGUAUGUCCUGCCAUUCAAACAACAAAAAACCUUUCGAUGAACAGCUCAAAGACGGGCCCGUACUACAUAACCACGGAGUACAUGGUGUGUAUAAGGACCAUCUCUCCUGUAUCAUCGAUCAGUGUCUCAACGCCGGCCAAGCAACCAGUGCCUAAGGUAUUCACUCCACCGAGAUGUGCAUUGAUCAACAAAGCCGACGCCGCAGGAAGACAUCACCAUUACUUUUGCAGUGCCUCUGCGACACACGUCGUGGACAUUAAUUUAUAUACAAUAAACAAGACAUCCAAUUUGGUAGUGAUUUAAAGAUUGCGUUUGUCACAAUUGUCUGCGUAUCUUAAUGUCUAUUCUUGUUUGUCUUCAGAGAGCUUUU